UGUGGCGGUAGCCCGAGGCUCUUUUGCACGAGCUCAAAGUCGAAGUCGUUCGCGCUUACAUGCACACGCCGAGCAACAGCUUUACGUAUGUAGUUAUGCAUUAGUUGAGGUGACCACGCCAGGUUAGGGGCUAUCAGGCGCGCUUCUAUGAUCGCGGCUGGAUGCGAAUUCUACCUUACCUUGACCUUACCUCUCGCCGAACGUGGCUCGCAUACCCAACCCGGACAAGUUUACGCUCUGUCAUGGUCAGAUAUUUUGCGUUCGGCUACAAAGUCAAAUACCAGUGGAUUUUCGACCGUGCCAACGAGUUGUACAUGGUACCCUGGAACGAUACCACCGACGCGAGGGCGAACGUUAUGUUCGACUAUUUCGUUACUGUUGUCGGGCAAGCCGGCCUAAUGAGCUAUGUCCGACCAAUUGCUCUCAAAGACGAGGAUUGUGUUGGCUACUGUCUCGCCUCUACCGAUCCCAGUGACGGACUACCCUCGAGAGCGCGUGAUGCCGAAAAGAUUGAGAAGCUGAGGCAGAUUGUUGGCUAGGAUGGGCCUCCAAAGUGGUGGCAGCAGGCAUAACAUGGCGCUCCAUCCAGGUCUGCUACUCUCGCAGUAUCACCUCCAUUGGCAAGACAUGGGCCGCUGCCCUUCCAGUGCAGCUAGUCUGCUAGUGUAGGCAUUAUGAGCUCCUUUCACUUCCACUUCUUGAAAGACGUAUACAAUAGCUCCACUUUACCCUGUUCUUUCA